CCGUCGAUGUCAUUCAUCUACACCGCUGUUUGAUUGGUUGGUUUAAUGUUGACGGAGGAAGGUGACAUAUAGUAGCAUCAGAAAAGGUCGCGGAAAUCUCAACACUUCUUAAUUUUUUUCACAAAGAUAUUGUUUGGCCCCUGGUCAUGACGACUCUGGACGACAAGCUCCUGGGGGAGAAGCUGCAGUACUACUACAGCAGCAGUGAGGACGAGGAGAGCGAUCAUGAGGAAGAAGAAGGCCAGUCUAAAACCAUCAGGGACCAAGAAGUGCUGCAGCCUGAGAUCGACUACAGUCCUGAUGGCACUGCUGUUAACACCGGUCCAAAAGGUGUUAUCAACGACUGGAGGAAGUACAAGCAGCUUGAGACGGAACAGCGAGCCGAGCAACAGAAGGAGAUGGAGCGUCUGAUAAAGAAGCUCAGCAUGACUUGCAGAUCACAUCUGGAUGAAGAAAUGGACAAGCAGAAGCAGAAGGAGCUGCAAGACAAGCUUAAUGGCAAGGUAACGCUGCGAGUCGAUGAGGAAGAGGAUGACGACGAUGACGAAGCUUUCCUCCAGCAGUACCGGCUGCAGCGUAUGGAGGAAAUGAGGCGGCAGCUGAGUGGUGGGCGACGUUUCGAACGCGUCAUCUCCAUUUCCUCAGGCGAGGAGUUCCUGCGUGCCAUUGACGAAGAGGGCAGAAGCACUCUAGUACUGGUGCACAUUUUCGAGCCCGACGUGCCUGCCUGCCAGGCCAUGGAGGGAAGCCUGAUUUGUCUCGCUCUGCAAUACCCAGAGGUGAAGUUCUGUGCAGCACAGGGCUCAGUACUGGGCACCAGUGCUCUGUUCCGCAGCUCGGCGCUGCCCGCACUGCUACUGUACCGCGGUGGCGAUCUGGUGGGCAACCUGGUCCGUGUCUCUGACCAGCUAGGGGACGACUUCUACGCCACUGACGUGGAGGCACUGCUGCAGGAGUACGGGCUGCUCCCUGAAAAACACCAACACACAAACACGCAUUCAUCCAUUCGCACCGGCAACACCAACGACUCUGACAGUGACCUGGAUAUAGACUAAAGCAAAAAAAAACAAAAAAAAAAACACAAUAUUUACACACUUCCACACAAUAACUCCAUGCUGACUGAGAUGACCAAAACGAGUUACGUCUGAGUACACAUACACACACACACACACACAACCCUCCAGCAACUUUCACAGUGGCCCAGAAUUGGACUGUAUUCACCUAGUGGGUACACACAGGCAACUGCAUAACAGACACACACACACACUGCUCUAUCUUCAUCCUUGCUAAUAUGUGACUUUAAUUAGUGGACCUGGUUUACAUAAACAGAUCUUUUUGUACAAAUUUACUGGACCAAAAAAAUGUAUGAAGGAUGUUCAGAUGUUUGUGUGUGUGUGUGGUGGUAGGAAUACAUGAGGGUUUUGUCAGUGUGUGUACAUUUUGCAUGUCCUCUCAGAAACGCAGGAUUUAUUUUUUUGGGGGGUUCCAAGGUAGAGGCUGGUCAAAUCACUGUUUCCAUACAGUAAUACCUAAGUUAAUGAAAAUCCCCAAAUGAAUAAUAUGAGACUGUUUCAGCAUGUAAUCCUAAUCAGAAUCUUAUGAAAUAUGUUCCUGUUUAUUUUAAUAUGAAAGUCCUUCAUCUGUGUGCUAUGCAAUCAUGGAGGCAGAACAAGUCAAACAUUUAUCUUCUUUUACGUGUGUAGCUAUUUAUUCUAGUUUUAGCUGUGAGAGAUUUUCGUUUCCAUGUGCAUUGUUUUAGCUUCAAAUGCCAAUUUUGUCUCAGACACUUCGGUUAGUUUUUUACAUUUUAUAAGUGUCCAUUCUGUCAAAAAUGAAAUAAAAUAAAUAAAAAGCUUGUGAUGUUCUGCUGA